AUGAAGCUCGAGGUGGGCAUUGUUGUGCAGCCAACGACGACGCCGAACCAGUCCAUCCGCGUCGCCGUGACGCUUCCGGCGCAGCUCGUCGAGAAGGAGCUCUCGCUGGUCAUGGGGCUCUUCCGUGCCGGCCACGCCAACCAGAAUCGGCCCAUCUUUCUUCGCUCGCUGCAGUUUGAUUUGCGCAAGCGCCUCCCGCUGGUCACGACGCGCCUCCAAGUCAAGGCGCCCAAGACCAUUGGCGAGUUUGAGUUUCGCGCGUUCAACGAAGACGCGGGCCCUGACAUCAUCUUUGCAUCCAGCGGUCCGCUCAAGGUGCUCGUGGAUGAAAAGUGCGUCGAAUUACGUCCUCGAUCCCUGUACCUAUGUCUUUUUUUCACUAGGUACUGGAGCGAAGCACUCGAGACGCUCGGCCAUCGCAUCGAAGCCGCCACCGACGCGCAGGACGUGGGCUUGAUCGUCUCGGCCGUCCUCGGGCUGCUGCGUGUUGUCGAGGUGCUGCCGACGGCCUUUCCGAGCCAAGCCAGCCUCUUUGGCAUGCACAUGGAGCACCUCCUGAGCCUCGUGUUUGAAGUGCAAUCGUGGGACAUGGAGAACGAAGAAUCGCUCGAUGGGUGGCACGGCGCCGUCCGCACGCUCCUCCACGUGACCGAGACCAACCGCUACGUGUGGGAAAGCCUCGUUCCGUCGGUGCAAAAGCUCGUCGCCAUGUACCAGUCUCGCCUCUACUGCGGGGUGAGCGACCGGUACUUUGAGACCCUUGACGCCAAGCAAGAGUACUGGCAAGCGCAUUUGGGUCUGCCCCUCCGCGACAGCGUCGCGCCGUGGGCACCGGGGUUUGAGCACGCACUUUCGACCUACUUGCAUGCCAAGACCGAAGCGCUGAUCCCCAACGUGGCUGAAUUUACAGCGGUGCGCCAAGCGAUCUUUGAGCGUGUGAGCGGCGUCGUGGGCGCGCUGAGCUUUCAAGGCCACCGGGUUGGUCUCGAUGUCUUUGGGUCGUCCAACAACUUUUUCGGCACGAAAGACAGCGACAUGGACAUGUGCUUGGUGCUUCCGACUGGCGUCGAGCUCACGCCGAUUCAAAAGCAAGACAUGCUCAAGGCGCUUGUCGAGAAGCUCGACCCGGAGCUCUUUUCCGACAUUGAUACGGGGCGUCUCACGGCGCGCAUCCCGAUCGUCAUGUUCAAGGACGCGACGUCGGGCAUCGACUGCGACAUUUGUGUGGAAAAUGCACUGGCGCUGCGCAACACGCGGCUGCUGCGGACGUAUGCCCUUGCCGAUCCACGCGUGCGCAUUCUGGCCUUCUUUAUCAAGUAUUGGGUCAAGACGCGCGAAAUGAACAACGCGGCCCAAGGCACAUUGAGCUCGUACGGCUACCUCCUCUUGCUCAUCCACUACCUCCAGCGCACGAGUCCGCCGGUGCUGCCCGUGCUCCAGACGCUGCCGCCGCAGUGGCAAGGGGAAAUCUGGUGCCGCUGCUACCGCGACGAGACGGAGACGACGAAGGAUCCGAGCGCGACGUGUCCGUACCGCCCCUGCAUGCUCAAGGGGCGCGACCAAGCCGACGGCCCGCGUCUGCCAAAUGUCGCCUUUGGCGAGGCCGAAACCUACUUUUUCGACCCGGUCCACGACGAGCACUGGCACGCGCUGCGCUCGUUUGGCGCGUGGAACCGAUCGAGCGUCGGGUCGCUCCUCCUCGGGUUUUUCAAGUACUAUGGCGACGUGGGCUUUGAUUACGCCCACCACGUGGUCUCGGUGCGCAUGGGCCGGACGCUGCUCAAGGCCGAGAAGCCGCAGUGGAAGCAGCACCACCGUCUCGCGAUUGAGGAUCCGUUUGAGCUCGACUAUGACGUGGCGCACGUCGUCAAGGGUGCGCGCUUCAAGUAUGUCCGGCAGCAGCUCGCGCGUGCGUACUGGCUGUGCGUGCAGGCCAACAUGGAGGGCUACGGCAUGGACGAGAUCAUGGACAUUCUCUGUGCGCCCAUCGUGCACAAGGACAAGGCUAGCGACAACGAACCCGCGUCGACCGACAAGUAGCUAGCUGUACAGAACCAGCAUGUAGCACCCAACACACACGCUCCGAGUUGUUCUCAAGACCAUAAAGUGUACUUUGAAUAUGAUCCUGUAACUUUGAGUCAAU